AUGACUCAGAAUUCCAUUGUGGAUACAAACAACCAAUCUAAGACAACAACAACUCACAAAACCACAACUUUGUCAGGAAAAGUGAAACGUCGAAGACAAUUCGAAAAGAUGAAUAACCACUCCAUCAAUUCGGUCACCUCAGAUGUAAAAACUGCAGAAAAGAAAUUCUUCCUUUUCGAAGAUGGAUGGACUCGACAACGUGAUGCUUAUUGGAAGCUAAAAUCAUACAAGGAAUUUAUGGAGUUUCCGAAUGCAAAGAAUGCAAAGAAUCAUAAAAAGUGGCAUCGAAAUCAUCGUGAAGAGAUUUAUCAAUUGAGAAAUAAUGCAUGCAUGGAGUCAUUACCUCAAAACUUGUAUGUGUGA